GUGCAUUUUUGCGAGAUGUCAGAUUAGUUUCGAUAUCUAAUCGCAUAUUGGGAGCGGCCCAUCGGAUCGAUUCCGAUUAUCAGUUCGAAAGAGAGUAGAGUGACCCAGUGAAAGUGAGGUGAAGAACAUACGUUUCGAUGCACGAUGCAGAUGCUGUUGCCAGUUUUGUUCGUCCGGGCCUGCGUACUGCUGGGAUCUCUCGCUUACGCCGAGGAAACUUCCGCCGUCACAGUCCCGGUUCCGGAAGUUCCCCCGGUAAAACCAGCGGCAAUAAUCACUCUUGAGGAUUUGGAAGGUCCUCGUAAUUCAGAAAAUCAACCGUCGCAAGACGAGGAUAAUAAAAUCGACGAUGAAAUCCGAAAGAAGUGCGAACAGACCAACUACAAGUCAUACAUCAAGUGUCUACUGAAGGAGACAAAACGUAAAAAACGGCAAUGCGCAUCCGGCUUGUGCGGGAACUCCCAACAAUGUUAUGGCCCGAAUUGUCUCGCGGUGAUUCAGGCCCAACCAUGUACUGGAAAUGUUGGGUGUCUCCAGACCAAUCAGCCGCAACCUUGCGUCGGUAACGGAUGUCUUCAAGUUUCAGGCCCCUCUCAACAGUGCGUUGGUAACGGAUGCCUCCAAAAUGGACAACAACAACAGUGUUCGGGAGCCGGAUGCGUAUUCUCUGGAUACAACUGUUACGGUUCCGGUUGCAUCCAGAUUGGCCAAACCUGCUAUGGGAUGGGUUGCGUUUCCCCCACUAUUCCCCAGGUACUGCAACCUGCACCCUGCCAGGUCGGAACCGGAGGAGAAGUGUCGUCUUCUUGCAACACUCGGCCGCAGCCGCAGCAGAGACCUACGGAACAAAAACCGACGCCAUCGGAAGUGCCUGAACUCCGUGGAGAAAUCGCAGACAUCAGACACCAGCUGGACCAAGUGAAAGAACAGAAUAGAAGGCUGAUCGAAAUCACGGAGAAGGCCACUACGCUUAUUCUCGAUAAUAAAAAUCAAAAAGCAAUUCGACCAGAAAGACCGAAUAUACCGAUAUCGCAUAAUCUAACCACCACUAUAGACAUAAGCAAUUACAUCAAUAACACCAACGUCAUAAAUUUACCCGACGUUUCUGAAAAAGUUGAACAAGCCAGACCGGACUCCGCACCCCUGAACUUAAUUCCCGAACGGCUAGAAAAACCACAACAGAAUUCAACUAAAACGCAAUGUUGUGUGGUGGUGCGUCCCAAAACAUGUCGUCGGACUUGGCAGCCUCCGUAUUUUGUAUGCGGUCACAGAAAGCAUCGUACUUGCGGCUCCCCAUGUUUGGGAAGAAGAGUUGUGCACAGUCGAGUGAGGACAAGCUGUUCGAGGAAUUCGCGUGAGAGCUGCGUUAGCUACCACCCGCCACCCUACAGUUCACCGUACCCGAGGUACCCGGCUCCCGUUUAUUAUCCACCACCCCAAAUGAUGUACUAUCCACAGGCUGGAUAUCCUUAUUAUCCAGCAUUCGCACCGCCGCCUGUACAAGGUUAUCAGAAUCCACCUCCUCCGAUUCCAUAUUAUGCACAACCCCCGAUUUACCCGUACUACCCCAUAAAUGAUAAAGUGAUUGACGACUGUGACGAUUGCCAGGAUGAGGUGGUCACCGAUGAGGAAUGUGACGAAACGACCUUGGAUUGUGAAAAAGUCAAAAAAACAACUACAGACGAGGAUACCGAUUAUAAUGACCUGGAAUACUCGACAGAACCUGGACGUGGGGAUACACCCAAUAUUUACGGGGAUCUAGAAGGUGAAGUGGUAGAGUAUGAAGAUAGCGACACCAAAUGGCCCCGCAGUGUGCCUCUGGCUGAGCUUAGAGAGGUACAAAAAGAGGCGGAGGAAUUAAAAAAAACCGAAGAACAGUUGACCGCUUCUAUAGGCAUGCUCGAGGAAGCUGUAGAGCUCAAGAAUCUUGAAAAUGCUAGAGAGAGAGCAGCGGAAGAGAAUGAGAAAACUGCGACGGAGAACCAUGCUGAAAAUUCGACCAGAGCUGAGCUUUUCAAACCGAGGUAAGUCAGCGAUGAUGGUGAAGGUGAAGAAAAUGAAAGAAACAAAAUUUGGCUCACAGAGAAAACAGAAUCUCUGAGCUUCGUGUAAUAAAAAUUCAACGAUUAUUGAAGAUGAUUUGGAAAAUACGGAGAUCAAAUAAAUAUAUAUAAUAUAUA